AUGAUGACAAAGAGCUAUAAAAGACUUGAAGAUGGAAGGGACAAACUCGAUGGGAUUACAGAUCUUCCUAUUAAUGUCAUAAAACAAAUUCAGGAGCACAUGACUAUUGAGGAUGUCGCAAGAAAUAGUGUCUUGUCCAGUAAGUGGAGACAUAUUUGGGCUUCAAAUCCAAAGCUCACAAUUUCUGCGGACUUCUGCAUAAAGGGAAAGCAAUCAAGCACAACAGACAUCAUUAAUAGAAUGCUACAUUUGUCAAGAAAUGGUCUUGUGGAGCUCACCCUCCAGAAUCCAGGAAACCAGAAUGCUCCUUAUAAGUUGCCUUCCUAUGUGUACGAUAUGGAACUUGAACAAUUGAGUCUGUCAAGCUGCAUUUUCAGACCGCCUUGCAGUUUUGGAGGUUUCCACAAGCUCAAAAGCCUUAAAUUAGAUGGAGUCGCCUUUGAAUUAGACGUUGCAACUUCUUUCCUCUCUAUUCCAAACCUUCUGGAUCUGAUGUUUGUACAGUGUAGUGGUGUUCAUCACUUGAAUACAAUUAAAUGGAUUACUUUCAAGGACUGUCGGAAGGUAAAACUUUUUGCAGUUAUACCACAAGAAGAAGUUUCACAAAACAGACAGAAUGAAGCAAUGAACUUAGUAAAACUUCUCAGCAGCUUGUAUGAAGUUAGAGCACUUAUCUUGGACGGAUGCUCCCUCAAGUUUUUAGCUUCUGGUGAUGUAGCCAAUCUCGAAUUUUAUGGUUUCGAUUUUAAUGAUGAAGAUCAAAUUUGUUCCCUUCUAUGCAUCCUUAGAAGUUCUCCCAAUUUGAAGUUACUUAACCUUUUGUUGAGUCGGAUCAAGAAUGGUUCCAGAAAAAUAGAUGUAAAUCAGUUGAAAGGACAAGGCUUCAGGAUUGAUGAACUCAAAAACCUUCGAGCUCUGGGAAUACAUAGAUUCCAUGGUUCAAGAGUGGAAUUGUUGUUUGUAAGGUUAGUACUGACUUCUGUGCCUAUUCUCGAGAAGAUGAUCAUUAACGUAACGUAG